AGUCGCUAAUCUCACCAACAUGGAAAGGGGACUACACGACCUUCGCAUAUUCCAGAUGGCUAAGCACCAGGGAUUGAAAUAGCAUUUUUACUGCCAAAACAUUUUUAAAAUCAAUGGAAAACCUAGUAAUGAAACCAAGAUUGCAUAGAGCCUUAUCUCAAAUUUGCUUGAUAUGAUCACUGAAAUCACCCUUUCUGUUAAAAAUGACACCAUGGUCAGAGAUAGUGUCAACCUCUUCCAUUCUCUGAACAUCAAGAAAGUAAGCAAAACAAUCAAAGUCAGGAGGUUGAAGAGAAUGGAAUUCAUGAAAUGUACACAAAAGAUCUUGGACAAGGUUACUUUCCCACUGCAAAAAUUAAUAAAAUCACCGUAGACCAGAGUGAUGGUGACUCAAUACAAUCUAAUUCCAGAAAUCAGCCAAAACCGUAUAAUGAAUGGAAAAGUACAAAUCAUCAUCUUUUCUCUCAAAGUAAUCCAAAUGAAUCAGACGGUGGAGCAAUGGUCAGUAGUUUAGGACAGAAUCUGCAGCAAAUGAACUCUUACAUUCCACAAGGUUUCCGUGAGAAGAAACAAGUCAAUCCACCGAUCACGAAAAAUUAUCAUAGUCCUCAAAUGUAUUACAGCACAGAGCAAAGAAAGCCAAGGCAUGAAAGUCCUGUGUGUGCUGGUGCAAAUAAAUACCACCUAGAUGACUGGAGUUUGCCUCGUAAUCAGAGAUUGAUGGAACAAGACAUGGUGCCUAGUUCUAGCCCUGAAAAUCCUGAAAUGAUUGGUCAUUAUAGAAAAGCACGUUUAGAAGUUCAGAAAAACAGACACUUAAGUCCGUACAAUAACUAUGACAAUAAUCCUCUGUACAAUUAUAACAAUGAGGUGCAGUAUGAUCCAGAAUUCAAUCCGAAAUGCAUGUUCAGGGAAAAUGGCAAUUUUUUUUCUAAACCGAAUCGCCCUGAAUACAAUCAAACUCACCAAUUCAUCCAACAUGAUUAUACUCCGAAUAGGUACAAUUCACCUUAUGGUAAUUUUAAUUCUUCAAAUCCACCCGGUUAUUUAAACAAAUCGUGUCCUUGUGAUUCAAGUCACUCAAAACUCAAACAGAAAGAGAUGAGGAAAGCAGAAAAACUCAAAAACAAACAAAUAUCUGAUUUGUAUCGGAUUGUAUGGCUGCAGAAUGAACAGCUGGCCAUGCUGCAAAAUCAAGUCAGAAAACUAGUAGAAAUGGCUGUAAAAAAUGACAAAACUGAUACAGAACAAAAUUUAAUGCAGAAAAGAGAACAAGAAGCACAUAUGAAUAAAAAGUAUAUAAAAGGUACGAAAGAAACAAGAACUUUCAAUUUAUCUGUUAUAGAAGAAAAUCAAAAUAUUACUGAAAAAGUUUCUGUCGGUAUCAUGACAAGUUUCAUAGAGAAUGGUGUAGGAAGAAUAAUGGAAAAUGAUAAAAAUAAAAUGUCAAAAACAAUUACACCAAAAUCUGAGUCAUCAUCGCUUUCAUCGUCUUGUGAUAGCCUGUCUGAAGAAACAGAAGAAGAAAAAGUUCUUCCUAUACUUAAACCACCAAAGAAAAUAAAAAGCCAGCAGAAUAAGAAAGGAAAUAAGAGAGAUGAAUCAUUCACACUCAAUGGAGUUGAGAUCCCAACUGUCGUUGACAAUGUUCCAUCUCCCCAGACGUCUUUUCACUUAGACAUGCAAGACUAUCGAUCGACUUCUACCAGUGAUAGUGCAGAGAGUAGUUCUGAGGAAAGUGGAAGCGAUGAGGAACUAAAAGGCACACAACAAGUUGGCUGGACAUUUUAUGAUAAUGUAGUGGGCAAAGUAAAUAAUAUGCUAAAAAAGGCUGAUGAUCUUGAAGAAGAAGAAGAUAGCGAAAAUGAAAUAAGAAACACAACAAUGGAACAGUUAAAGAGACUUGGGAUCAGUUUUGUCGAAUCUGAAAAUACAAAUCCAAAAAAGGUUACCUUUGGCCAAGGGGGAUUCAAAGAGCCUUUGCUCCAGCAUAAACUGCGUGCUGACUGUGAUACAAGCAUGAGAAUGAAUGCAUUAGCAACUAAAUAUCUAACAGGAAAACUGGAGAGAGUAAAAGAUGCAGCUUUGACUGGUCAAACCAAUACAAAUUUAUCGUUCGCUACAAUGCGUUAUCUAGAAAGAUAUCAUUUGGUUCCUCAAGAAAAAACUCCUAAAGAUGAAUGCAAUGGGAAUAAGAAAACUAAAACAAAAAAGAAUAAAUUGGACAAAAAAAAAGUGAAAAACUUGCAUAAUGCAAAAUCAGGAAAGAUUCUAGAUAUAACUGCUAUCAAACAACAGCCAAAACUACUCCCAAAGAAACUUUAGCAUUAAUUAUCUACGACAAUAAGCGAAUGUUAUUAAUUAACACUUAUGGAUGAAAUGUAUUGACAGAAAUGGGUAUAAAUAACGUGCAGGUUCAUUUUUAUCAUAAACUAUAUUAAACAUUAAAACCAUUUAUGUACAAAAACAUUUACAAUAUUUAUAACUGACUAAAAAUCAAUAAAACCAUUGUCUGACUAGAUGUC